AUGGCCUUGGCCAUCGCGCUCCUCCUCUCGGGGGUUCUGCUCCCCUGCUGGGGAGAGUUCGCACUCUUUAAAAAGGGGUCUACAAAGGCAAACGGGGCUAGGUGCUCCCACCACUCUGAGUGUUUCAGUGACUGCUGUCUCAUCAACUUGGACUCUGGUGGCGCCUUCUGUGCCCCUCGGGCCAGAAUAACCAUGACGUGCUUGCCCCAGACCAGGAGCGCCAUCAACAUCGUAUGUCCCUGCCGAGUAGGCCUGAAAUGCAUACAAAAGGACCCAGACUGUAGCCGUAGGUGCCAUUUGAUUUAG